CGUUAAUGUGUUGUCACUCUGUGGUUAAAAGCUCCAGAAGAUCUGGAAAGAGAAAAUGUGGAGAGAGGAUACGCCAACGACCCAACACUGGAGAGUCACUAUUCACCAACUACUCAAUGAAAAUCACUAGUCAGUCUAGUCUUAUAUGGUGAUGAUCCUAGAAGGUUGGUUUGUUGACUUAUGGUUCAUAACAUGCCAGUGGAAACGUGUUAAUUAUUGGUCUACAUUUUGAAUUUGGUUCUUGACUUGCUUCAAGGGAAGUUACCUGGAAGAACCUAUUUUAUGGUCCCAGACGAGGCCAAAGACCCAACGCUUUAGGAAAAUGACUAUAACUGAUUUUUCAAAGGCGGUAUUCGAUGACUUUUCCUUAGUCUGGUUGAUUAAAUGGGCAUAAUCUGAGUCUGGAAAUCUAACUGCCAACACCGAUAAUUCGAGGGAUGACAAAUUUCGGUCGUCCUGUUUGCUUCUUGUUCUUUUCGUUUUCGGUAUUUGCCAAUGCCUUGAGAGAUACAAUCUUACAAGGACAGUCAGUCACAACCCCAACCACCAUCACAUCUUCUGGAAAUGUAUUUGAGUUGGGAUUCAUUACUCCUGGGCAAGGGGACUCCACAACAAGCAGUCAUCUGAGUAUUUGGUACAAAAGAGUUUCAUUGCGAACUGUUGUUUGGGUAGCCAACAGGGAUAACCCUCUCACAGGUUCCUCCAAGGUUCUCACCAUAGAGGCGGAUGGAAACCUGGCGAUACUGGAUGGAAGACUUUCUUACAAGGUGUCUAACAUAUCAUCAAGUGGAAACACUAGUGCUACCCUUUUGGAUUCAGGAAAUCUGGUUUUGAUUGAUAGGAGAUCCGGCAAUUUACUAUGGCAGAGCUUUGACUACCCUUCAAAUACUUUCUUGCCCGGAAUGAAGCUUGGUUAUGAUAAGAGAAAUGGAAAAACUUGGUCUUUGUCAGCAUGGAAAAGCUAUGAAGACCCAGGCCCUGGAGUUUUCUCUUUUGCACAUGGUCCUCAAGGGCUUAAGGAUUUUCGGAUCCUGAAAGGGUUUGAAACGUAUUGGACUAGUGGGUCAUGGAACGGACAAUUUUUUUCUCUGGUUCCUGAAAUGACCUUAAACUAUUUGUACAACUUCUCCUAUGUUUCCAAUGACAGUGAGAGCUAUUUCACUUACUCUAUGUACAAUUCCUCGAUAAUUAGUAGAUUGGUGUUGGAUACAUCAGGGCAAAUAAAGCAGCUUACAUGGCUUGAAAGCACAGGUGAAUGGAUCCUAUUUUGGGCUCAGCCGAGGCAGCAGUGUGACGUUUACGCCUACUGCGGGGCUUUUGCAACCUGCAAUCAAAUCAUUCCACUGUUUUGCAACUGUAUUAACGGUUUUGAACCCAAUUCUGUAGGAGAUUGGAAUGCAGGUGACAUGUCUGGAGGGUGUGUGAGGAAAGCGCCUUUGCAGUGUGGCAAUGAUAGUGCAGUUAAUGGGCGGAAAGACCAGUUCCUUCGCAUAUCUAAAGUACAAUUGCCUGCCAAUUCAAUAGUACUCUCACAAGUUAAAAGUGUUGGAGACUGUAAAUCGGCUUGCUUUAGUAACUGCUCAUGCUCUGCCUAUACUUAUAGUGUCAGAGAUGGUGGGUGUUCCAUAUGGGGUAACGAGCUCUUGAACAUGGUACAGCUGAACGAUUUUGGCACUGAGAGAAGAGAUUUCUAUCUAAGACUUGCUGCUUCUGAGUUUCCUAGCAAGGGCAAGGGUAAAUGGAUUAUUAUAGCCCCUGCAGUUCUCCUGAUGCUGCUGGCUACCGUUGGCUUCUUUUAUUGCUUGAGGAGGCGAAAGUUACAAAACAAAGCAGGGGAGGAUUUGGUGUUAUUUGAUCUUGGCACAAGCAUUGGAGCUGCCGGUUGUAAACUGAAUGAAGCUGGCAAUUGUCAUACCGGUAAAAAGAAAGAAGUUGAUUUGCCAUUGUUCAGUUUCGCAAGUGUAUCAGUUGCCACUGAUAACUUCUGUGAUGCAAAUAAGCUCGGAGAGGGUGGUUUUGGACCUGUUUACAAGGGGAAGCUACAAAAGGGGGAUGAAGUGGCUGUGAAAAGGCUUUCAAGAAAGUCUCGACAAGGAUUGGAGGAAUUACAAAAUGAGGCAUUGCUCAUAGCAAAACUUCAACACAAAAAUCUUGUGAGACUAUUGGGCUGCUGCAUUGCUAAAGAUGAAAAGAUUUUGAUCUAUGAAUACAUGCCCAAUAAAAGCUUGGAUUUCUUCCUUUUUGAUCCAAUCAAAUAUGGGAUACUUGACUGGGAGUCACGUGUUAACAUUAUUGAAGGAAUUGCUCAAGGGCUUCUCUAUCUUCAUCAGUAUUCCAGGUUACGAAUUAUCCACAGAGAUUUGAAAGCUAGCAAUAUUCUCUUGGAUAAAGAUAUGAACCCGAAAAUAUCUGAUUUUGGGAUGGCAAGGAUUUUUGGGGGAAAUGGAUCACAAGCGACAAAUCGAAUUGUCGGCACUUACGGCUAUAUGGCACCGGAAUACGCCUCGGAUGGUCUCUUCUCAAUCAAAUCGGAUGUCUUUAGCUUUGGAGUCUUGUUGCUAGAGAUUUUGAGUGGCAAAAAAAAUACAGGCUUUUAUAAUACUAACUCCCUCAAUCUUCUUGGAUAUGCAUGGGACUUGUGGAAGAGCGGCAGGGGAGAGCACAUAAAGGAUCCAAUAUUGCAAGAUAUAUCUUCUACAAAUAUGCUGCUGAGAUACAUAAAUAUAGCAUUGCUUUGCGUCCAAGAAAGUGCUGCUGAUAGGCCUACCAUGUCGGAUGUCGUAUCGAUGCUUAGCAAUGAACUUAUGCUUCUAGCCUCUCCUAAACAACCUGCGUUUUCAACUAGUAGAAGCGUGCCAGAUCGAAAUUCAAGCAAACCAUUCGAAAUUUGUUCAAUAAAUGAUGUGACAGUCUCAAUUUUGGAAGCUCGAUAACUGCUCAGACUUCCAUCUCACAGUCACAUUCAUGGUAUUGUCAUGGUUAUUUCCAAGGAGAUAUUCAUUUUACUAUUCUUAAGUAGAAUGGAAGUAGCUAGAAAACUUGUUGAGCUAUAGUGUAGUGGUGUUGAGAAAGCCCUUUCGAAAGUAAAGGAGUCCAAGGCAUUGUUGAGCAUGUUUUCACAUGUUACAUCUGUUCUUCUCCUGGAACGCUAUAUCCUGAAAAUUAAAACCAUUUUGUUUGUCGGGUACAGUAUGCUGCCAAUGAAAGAAGGCAAGUCUUAUUUUCUG